UAUCGAAGUUACUCAGUGUAUUUAUUUAAUAAUUUUUAGUUUAUUAUGUAAGAGGUUAUCCGAAAAAGUUGAAGACUUGUUAAAAAGAAAAGUAUAAUUUUUCAUAAUGACUGGUUCAUCAGAAGAUAAACCGAAAUCUGCGAACUUUUAUGUGGCGUCGUUAGUUGGUGGUGCACUGGCUGGUAUAUCAGUAGAUCUGACAUUAUAUCCUCUGGACACAUUGAAGACUCGUUUGCAGAGUGAGCAAGGCUUCCAGAAGGCAGGAGGCUUCAGGGGGGUGUAUAAAGGUUUGUCAACAGUUGCAACCACAUCUAUGCCAACAACUGCACUAUUCUUUGUGAGUUAUGAAGCCACUAAGAAUGUUAUACAACCUUUAGUGUUGCCGCAGUAUGCUCCUUUGGUACAUAUGUUUGCGGCCAGCAUUGGUGAAUUGUUAGCAUGUGUAAUUAGAGUACCAACAGAAAUAGCGAAACAAAGAAAACAAACAUAUGUAGGUUUAAAGAAAAUAAGUGCUAUAUCAAUAUUAAUGAAAGCGUAUAAAGCGGAUGGGUUUAGAAAUGGUCUUUACCGUGGAUUCUUUUCUACUGUAGCUAGAGAUAUACCGUUCAGUUUGAUUGAAUUACCGAUAUGGGAGCUGUUGAAGACAAUUGUUAAGGAUCGGAAUGAUGGUGUGAUCACUGGUUUCCAGAGUGCUCUUUGCGGUUCAAUAGCGGGUGGUUUUACAGCCGCGGUAACAACACCCUUAGAUCUAGCCAAGACUCGUAUCAUGCUCGCCGAAGAUUAUGCGGAGACCAGAAAGUUACGUAUCCGACCGGUCCUGACCAGUAUAUACAUGGAGUCAGGUCUUCGUGGUCUUUACGCGGGUUUUUUGCCUAGAAUGAUGGCGUUUACUUUAGGUGGUUUUGUUUAUUUUGGUGUUUAUGAUGAUUCAAAGAGAUUAGUUGAAAAUUUGUUGAAUAGUUGAUGACCAUAAAGUUAUUUAGAGUCGAACCUAGAUAAGCGAGAUUCACCACGAUAUUUGUCUCGCUUAUAGAGUUUCUCGCUCAUAGAAGACACCGUCACCGGACAAUAACUCUCGCUUAUCUAAGUUUUUCACUUAUCCAGGGUCGAGAUUAGUCUAUAUUUCAGCAAUGCUUACCUUUAAGGUUAUUGUAA